AUGGAUCUCUCGACACUCUUAUCAGAGUCACAGGCCUUGACGGCUCAUCUGGCGCCAAACGACAUUCCUUCUAUCCACUUGGGUCUUGAGCAAAUCGAGGCGCAGUCCCGUCGGCUGGUAACACGUCAAGCUGCGGCUCCAGCAGACACAGGAAAGGCGAGCUACCUUUUGGCACAGGCCCAGGUCGACACCGGCACAUUGGCAAAUAACAUCGCUGCUCUGAAUACUGCAACGACAUUUGCACCACUUCAGCCUUUGCACGAUACGGAUGUCGCUGGCUAUCUUCGACACGCCCAUGAACAAAGUAUCAUUUCGACGAUUGAGGAAGGAAGACGAGAUACGUUGCUAGAAUUCAAGCGAGUCUUGGACGAGCGUGUCAAACGUGAUUGGGAGGCGCGAAAGAAAAGAAUUUUUGAAGAACUCGGAGAGCGAAGUACUCUGCUGGCUCCUGAAGGCCGAAAACGAACAGCAGCGGCGGGCACCGCUCGUCCUGGGGAGGCUUCGACAGACAAGCAACAAGCCCGGAUGAUGGAGUAUGACGGUACAAUUGCUGCCUUGAAUGCUUCAAGACUUGCUGGAGUUGCAUACCCGCUCUUGACGAACUUGCAAGAGCAAACCGACGCGGCCUCCAUGACACACCAAACGUACCAAUUCCUGGCGUCCAUCGUGGACGAGACACCUGUUUCUACUGCUCCUGAACAUCUCGGUUCCUUUGCUCCAACCGCCGGUAAUGCCGAGCGUAAAUUCGCUAGAGCAUACUUGGGGGAUCCCGAAAGGCGAGAGGCUCUUCAACUCAGGCGACAGAUCACCGUUGGUGCCCAACGAUCUUUGGAAGCACAAUAUUGGGAUGUCGUUCAGCGCACUAUUGCUGCUCGUCCUCAGCAAGCAGCACUUGGUGGAGAUCCAAGUAUUGCUGCGCAUAUCAAGGCGUACUUAAACGUGAAAUUCUAUCAACAGGGUAGCUGGGAGCCUCGUUUGGAGUUAAUUGCUGGCCAACCCUUAUGGGCCAAACUUUUCUAUCUAAUACGCACAGGGCAUCCGGAGCAAUGUCUACAAGAAGCUAUGUUGCACGAGAAUGCCAUUUCAAUGAAGGAGCGACACUUUGUGACGUAUCUCAAAUCCUGGCUAUCCGCACCCAACCGAGCAUUGUCACGUAGCGAAAGAAAUCCCCUUCAGGCGACGUAUAAUUCACACAUCCUGCAUUCUCCGGAUACGGAUCCGUUCAAGUUGGCGCUAUUCAAAAUCAUUGGAAAACUUGAUCCCGCCCGUCGCUCUGUCCCACUCGUCACGGCGACGACAGAAGACUGGCUAUGGUUCCAACUCGCAAUGCUCGAUGAAGACGAAAACGGGGGUCUUCGCGCGCUUAGCGAAGUCCUGACAGGGUAUGGCGAAAGACAUUUCGAAGGAACGACAAAAGGCAAAAAAGGAAUGUGGGCCCGAGUGCUCUUGAUCUGCGGUCAAUUUGAGAGGGCUGUUGCAGCCUUGUACGAAAACCCAGAGUUGCAAGUGGAUGCUGUGCAUUUCGCUGUGGCACUGGCAUACUAUGGCUUGCUUCGUGUUCCAUCUCGUGCAGAAUCGUCAGACGUCGAAAUCCUGAGCACAAACUCGGCCGGUUUGCCAACCCUCAAUUUUGCUCUGUUGAUCUCGCGCUACAUACGUCAAUUCAUUCGGAGCGAGCCACAAGUAGCGUUACAGUAUGUCUACUGUAUCUGCUUAUCCGCAGACCAAGGCGAGGUCGGCAAAGAGCAGGUUGAGAUUGCCUGGGAGCUCACGCGACGUGUUAUUCUCAUGGCGGAGGCUGGAGGCGAGUGGGUAGAUCUCGUCGGAGGCUACAGGCCAGACGGCACGCGAUUUACCGGUAUCAUUGAACGAGAUCUCAAGCUGCUCAAGCUUGAUUCAAACCCCAACGACUUUGCGGAACACAUCCUCAAACGGGCCGCUCGACAAUCUGAGCGAGAAAAGCGCAUCAAUGAGGCCAUUCGACUGUAUCAUCUCGCGGGAGAACACGAGACGGUGGUCGAGUGCCUGGCAAGAGCCCUUGGAGACCAAAUAUCAGAGCCCACUGGUGGAGUUCCGGGGGGCAGCGACGAAGGCGAGGAGCUGGCUAAUACGGCAAAAGAGGUCCUGAGCCAUUACGAGCGAACGAACCGUGCGAGCGGCAAAGCCCGAGAGGCAGUCGUCAAAUUGGUCAGGAUCCGCGAUGCAAGGGUAGCCAAGGAGCAAGGUCUCCCAGAACGAGCGCUAGAGAUCAUGGAGUCUACGGGAAUUUUCCCAACUGAGAAUGAUAAUACCACUAUCAAUAAGAAGGCGCAACAACUUCGUGAUUACGACGAGGUCAUUGUGCGCAACCUCCAAUUCUUCCUCCCGCUCCAGAUGGAUAUUCUCGUCGAGUUGCGGAAUCGGAGACGCCUCACAAUGGACGCUACGGCACAGCACGCCGUCAAAAUCCUCGUGGACAAGGCGUUGGCACUCCAAAAGUUUGCAACGAACAUCAAGUAUUCUAUGUCGCCUGAUGUCCACACGUACCUGAGCCGCUCAGUGGUCGACCUGAUGAACUAA